AUGUAUCGUGUCAUGGUCUUCUUUUGGAUCCUCUGCGGAUUAGUCUGGCUUGGUGGUGUGAUUUCCAUCAUGACAGAAAUGAUUCGACACCGAGGAAAAUCGCUCGACGACGAAAAACAGAAAAAUGAAGAAAACGAGGAGAAGAAAGACAAGAAUUUGAGACAACAGUCGACCAAGAGAUUGAACAACGGAUCGUUGCAAAAGGUGGUGAAAGUCUAA